AUCAAUGCCCUCAGCCUGGAAAGGGUUAACAGUUUGGUGCGCGCUCACGCCGCCACGCACGGCUCUGUGAACCCAGGAUGCUUCUCCAUCAUCCGAGCUCCAGUCCCAGCAUCAGCACCCACCUCCUCCAUCCUCACCCUCCCAGGCRUUAGACCGAGCUGCAGGCUGUCUGUCCGAUUGUUGCUGCAGGAAGAAAAACCCGCUGGUUUAAUAUUACUGUUAUUAUCAUCAGUUAUAUUAUUGUUAUUGUUGGCAUCACUGCGGGACUGAUUGGGGGGGAGGACGGGGGAGGAGCAGCGGCUGUUCAUUCAUUAAUGUGUGCGUUCGGACUGCGAUAUAGGCUGCAAUAAAUGGCGAAAACAAUCCCAUCGUCCAGCGCGGUGACAGGUGAAAAAAUGGCACCACCAUCCAUUACCCUCCUCCCUGACAGGAAAUCUCCAACAAAUGGUCACAGCUCUCCUGUUCGGACAGGAAAAAACAAUCCAUUCAACACAGAGAAGAAGCCGCUGGUGAACGGACAUGCAUCCCCUUCGCAUCUGGCGAGUGUUUCCAACAACCACGGAGCUGCCAGAGAGCAGCUGAUCAGAGAGAAGGAGCGCAGAGCUCGGCUGCAGUACGAGCGCACCGUGGAGGAGCGCUGGAGGCGCCUGGAGGAGCAGAGGCAGAAAGAGGAGCUCCGCAGGGCUGCAGUGGAGGAGAAGAGGAGGCAGCAGCUCGAGGAGGAGAGGGAGCGGCUGGAGGCCCUGAUGAAACGUUCUCUGGAGCGAAGCCUUCAGCUGGAGCAGAGAACCAAACGCUGGAGCAGAGCCUGUCCUCAGGCAGCAG